CGCGUGCAUGUGACCGCCACAAGGACACCGGGCUAACUUGCGCACCUUGCCUCCCUCUCCCUCCUUCCCAAGCUUUCUCAAAAUAAAUAAAUAAUUGCAGUUUGGUCCUUUUAUCCCAAACGUAUAUGAACGUAACCUAGAAUUUUGACUUUCCAACAAUAAAAUAAAAAAUAAAUAAAAAAGCUUUCCAAAAAUAAAAACUAAAAAGUGUGUGAGAGAGAGAGAGGUAAGAAAGACCGUUUCGUUUCUCUAACAUGCGCCAUAUGGUAUUCACAACCACAACCGCCACCACCAUGCCAGCGUCGUCCUCCGCCACGUCAUCAUCAUCGUCACCGAGUUCCAAGGCUCCCAAAUCUUCAAACCCUAACCCUAACUCUCUCCUCUGCAAGCACUCACCUUCGGCCACCCUUGACCUCCUCAUCCUCAUCCUCGUCCUCUUCUCCGGCACAUUUCUCGUUACCUCGUACUUCUCCUACAUCUUCAAUUCGCUCUCUCUCCUUCUCUCCACCUCCACCUUCCAUAUCCAUCUCCACCACCAACAACUCCCUUACAUUAUCGGCUUCGUCGUCUUCUUCCUCCUUGCUGUCUUAUUCGUCGAGUUCUGCUGCGGCUCCCGAUCGCGUAAGUGCGAUAAGCCUGGAUGCCAGGGUUUGAAGAAUGCUAUGGAGUUUGAUUUGAAAUUACAGAAGGAAGACGCUAUCAAGAAUGGUUCUAAGGAGAUCGAUAGGUUGCCCUGGAAGGGCGGGAGCGAAGCUAACCCUGAUUAUGAGUGCCUCAGGUCCGAGCUUAGGAAGAUGGCCCCUCCCAAUGGCCGCGCUAUCUUGCUGUUUCGUACCCGGUGCGGCUGCCCCGUCGCUAAGCUCGAGGGAUGGGGACCCAAACGUGGUCGGCGGCAUAAGAAGGCUCUUGCUAGUGUGGCACCCAAAGGAGGCGAUCAUAACUGAUUGUUUGGGAUACAACAAUGGCCUUACUUUUUAUAUGAUAUUUUCCCCUUUUAACUCGAUGUUCUUUACUUGUUUCUACUGAGGCUUCAUUUCUAUUGAAAAACAAUUCUUUGGCACAUAUAUUCCCCCUAAGGGCACGUUUAACGUGGCAAAAAGAAGUGGGGUUUGGCGUUGACAAGCAUUAUCUCAUCUCAUCUCAUCUCAAAAUGCUUGAUUAACCUUUGUAAAAGAUGAUAUAUAUAAUACCCAAUUCAUUGGAAAUAAACUUGGAAGAUGAACACUAUUAUAUUAUAUUUUAGUUUAAGGUGGGGGUUCGUAAUUUUCAUUGAUUGGACUCUAAAUUUGGUUAUAUAAGGGAAGAAGAAUAUUUGACAUUUGUAUGUAAAACAAUCAAAUCAAUGUGCAUUAGGAUUGCUAUUAAUGAACUUUGCCCUCCAUGGUUGACAAAA